AUGUCUCAACUGUUGUUGGACGCUCCUGACGGCUCGAGCCUCAUUUGGAUCCUCGACCACGUCAAUCGCUACCCAGGCUCCUACGAGAUUCCUCUGCGCAGCAUGUACCAACUCAACCUCAACCCCACCAGGGCCUCGGGCAGUCGCUCGCCCGAGACCGCCUUCUCCCCGCGCAGCUCUCCGCGUGACUCCACUUCCACUGCCAAGUCCUCGCGCUCCUCGCAGGAUGCAUCCGUGGAUGCGGCUGCCGACUUCCGCUCCGCACUGGAGAACCAACUGUCACGCUUGCCAUCGCAGCCUUGCUCUCUUCCUCCUAGUUUCACGACCAACUACAUCCGCAAGGCCUUUUGUGCAGAGUUGCAUCUGGUAGACUUCCCGCAGGCUCUCACCGCGCUGGACUACCUCAAGUCUCUCGACGACCGUUGGAAGAAGGAGGUUAAUGACGCCCUCGCCCGUCUUAAGAUCAGCCGGGAGGAUGCGGCGAACCCGAGAGGUUCUGACCUCGUCUUCAAGUAUCCCGGUGUGGCUGCUUGGCUGCAGUCAAUCCACCGCAAGAUUCGCCAUAUCUACGCCCUGUAUACUCAGGUCUACGUUGGCCUACGUCGCUGGAUCAUGAUCAACGACAUGCUGCUUGAGCCCACCUGGAAGACCAACCACAUUGCCAUGCUGAACACCCUCUACCCGCCUGCACCUCAGUCGGGUCCUACCCCCACCCCUCAGUUGAGUCCGCGGAUCCUGAACAGCAACCGCGAUGGAUUCUUCCAGUACAUCAAUGCCGUUGAUGCCAAGGGCACUGGUGUUCUGGACCCCGUCAUCAAGCAGGAUGCUAAGGAUGGUGCUUCCAACAACUGGCCUCAGAUUCACGACGCCUUGUCAAAGUAUCUGACCUUGGUCAACGAUGUCAUUGAUGAGUGUGUUCUAGUGAACGAGCCUAGUUCCCUGGAGGAAGACAAGAGCCUCAACCGCGGUCGAGGUCGCAAGUUCGACUCGGGCGUCAGCUUCGGCUCAUCCACCACCGAAGCGAGUAUCGCCGAAGGAAUGAUGUCGGAGAAGGAACUCCCGCAGUUCCCCCUCCCCCAAAACAUCAAUGCCAAGACUGGCGGCUCGAUCCUAGAGCGCCUCGCCCGGGAGGUGCGCGCCCUGGGCGCCAACUCCAAGGCCCGAAACCUGCGGAAAAUGAAGUCCACUACUGCCCUGAACGCUCGGCCUGGCAGCCAGCAGAGCCACGCCGAGAGCUCGUUCUUCGAGAUCGACGACAACAAGCGCAAGCGUCUGAUCUUCGAAGCCAAUUUCCGCAAGAACUCCCAAUCCCAGGUGUUCACCCAGUAA